CCCCCCCCCCUUCAUGGGAUGUAAACCAAACUCUGUGUGUUUAUUCAACAAAUGACAUCAGAGGUCUCCAGUGAGUUUGGUCAUGAUACGUCAUUGGCAUCUUGAGUUAUUAGCAUACAUGCCAUAGGCCACGCCCACUCGGACGAAUCAAGAUGGCGCCUCACAUUUUUGAUCAAUACUUGCCCCCAGAGCAUGCACGUCAAUUUGGUGAAAUUCUGUCCAGUGGUCAUUGAGAUACACUUUGUAUGGGAUUUGUGGCGCCCCCUAUGGGAUGGUAACAAAAGGCUUCAUGUGGAACUGUAGUUACAUAGCUCAAAGUUAUGUUCCAAGAUUUGUGAUGAUUGGACAAAUGGUUACAAUGGUCCUCUAAGCCCCGCCCCUUUGCAAGGACAUUUUGUCUCGUAGCGUCCGUGUCCUACGUCGAGGCAUGAUAUUGGAGGUUCUCACUUUUUAAUAAGUAGCUCAACAUGUUGUCACGUUAGUGGUUCAAGUGUAUUUUAGUAGAGUAGUCGAGAAGUAACAGUAGUAAUCGAGUAGAAACCUGUUUACAGUUGUCCAGUCUCUCUCAGGUCUCUGCUUAUUGGGCCGCAGUACCUCGACUGGCCACUGGACCACAUUGGCUUCGAGGCUGAGCGGCCGUUCGGUAUCCAAUCAUGUGAUAGACCCGUGGCUACAACACGGCCGCGGAUAUCCGGUAAGCAGCCCGGAAGUGUGUCGGUAAUUUAAAGCGCAGAAGAAGCAGCAGCAGCAGCAGCAGCAGCAGCAGCAGCAGCAGCAGCAGCAGCAGCAGCGUCGCCGCUUCCACGUGAGGAUCAACAUGGCGCCGCCCGGAGGGAAGAUCAACAGACCGAAGACUGAACUCGGGAGGAAUCUGUUCAAGCGGCGGCGAGUUCUGGGUCGAGAGAAGAAGAAGAAGCGUCAGAUUGUCGGAGCCGUGGUGGACCAGGGUCUGAUCACCAUCCAUCACCUGAAGAAGAGGAAGUCGAGUCCGAGGGCGAACAUCACUCUGUCGGGGAAGAAGAAACGGAAGCUGCUCAAACAGCUGCACCACAUGCAGCAGGAGAAGAGCAGCAUGGAAGCUGAAGCAUCUGCAGCUCCGCCACAGAAGAAACAGGACUCGUCAUCAGCUCCGACCAAGAAGAAGAAGAAGGCGACGGCGGCUGGACGGCAGCAGGACGUGGAGAUGGCCGACGCUGAAUGAGGAGGCAGAGCCUGAUGAUGACGAUGAUGAUGAUGAUGAUGAUGGACAGUCAGGACGCAGUCGAGCACGAACGGAGCUGCGAGACGCAAUCGAGUUUUGUCGUGUGCGUCGGACGAGUUGAGAUUUAAUUUGACAUGAAGACGCAGCUGUGAAGAGUCACAGGAACAUACGGAACCUUAAGUCUGCCAAAAGAAAAAACAACGGUUGAUUAGCUAGAAACAAGAAAAAUAUGAAAAUCAAAGAAUACUUUUGUAAAGUCUGAAUGUUUUUUCAAGUUAGAACUACAAGUGAAAAUAUGUACAUAUUUGUCGUUGUCAUUAUUUUGACUAUCUUGAAAAAACAUCUCUAAAUGAAAAGCAUGGGGGCGAUGCUCAGGUGUCACUUGACUGAGGUCGCCAUGACGCCAUGUUGGUUUCCAGCAAUCGUGGUGGAGGGGGCGUGGCCUGGGCUGAUCUAACGUUAACACACCACUUCCUGUUUCCUGUUAUAUUCCUACCGUUAACACAACAAUGAUGUGUAGGAUUGUUCGGCCUGAAUCGUAAUAAUGUCAUUUCACGGUGAUGUCAUGAUGACAUCAUUCUCACCAUAUAAUCAUAAAUGGAUUUUUGGAUCUAAAGAAGCUUCAGAUCGUAUGACAUCACGUCUGAUGCUGAACAUUUCAAGUAAACUCAUCUGAUAUAAAACAUUUGUAAUAAAAUAUUUUCUGUUAA